AUGGAUAGCUUCGAACCCGCAUCGCCGGGCAUCCCACACGCCCCCAACCAUGAUUCCAUGGUGACCGUCUCCCUUUCCGAUAACCAGUCCAAUUCAGAGCACACACAACCGGACUGGCGUACUCUCGACAUCCCUCCGACACCCGUCCUGGCGACCCAUGAGUCGGAAGCCAUCAAGAACAAGACCGAGUCAUUUGGCCCCAUGGCACUCCUCGAUGCCGCAAGAUCCACCCCCACCCCUGUGGACGAGCCCCCAACUCCCACCUCGGCGGAGCCUAGACAUGCGAAAGCUGGGCAGACAGGAGAAGAGGACGAUAAUGAAGUAAAUUGGGAGAAUCUGGAUCGAACGGAGGAACAAGAGCCGCGUGGAGAAGGAUCGGACGAUUCAACGGCUCUACUGCUCGCUCGCCUGGAGCAAGAGAACAAUGCGCUGGCCACCAAUCCCAAGUCCGGCUUGUCCAAUGCCCCUCGCAUCCAGAGACACCAGCGACAAUCCCGUUCGCAAUCGCUCUUCCAAAUCAAGAAAUUGAUCAAUGAGCCUACACGGUCAGAGCUACGUUACUCACAACUUCAACCACCUCCAAUGACCGAGCUAGAGUUCUGGGCCGCCCUGGUGGCAGAUUAUCCACAGACGGCUCAGCGACUGCCAACUCUGACGUCUAAUAAGAUCCAACAAGGUGUUCCUCCGCCGCUCAGAGGAGUGGUAUGGCCUAGUCUGGCUGGUGCCCGCGAUCCCACAUUGAUUGAAGAGUUCCAGCGAUUGGUUGGCGAAAGCAGCCCCUACGACGGUCUGAUUGGCAAGGAUAUUGGUCGUAGUUUCCCUAAUGUGGAGAUGUUCCGGGAUCCCAACGGCGAGGGCCAGCAAAUGUUGGCUCGAGUCUUGAGAUGCUUUAGCUUGUAUGAUGCGAAGAUUGGCUACUGUCAGGGUCUUGGGUUUGUCGUUGGGCCAUUGUUGAUGCACAUGUCCGACGCAGAGGCUUUUUGUGUCCUUGUUCGAUUGAUGGAGCACUACAACCUUCGGACUUGCUAUCUCCCUGACUUGUCAGGUCUCCACCUUCAUGUUUACCAGUUCCAAAACCUCCUGGCCCGGCAUCGCCCCGAGCUUUUCCAACACCUGGAGCUUUUGAAUGUCGAGCCAGUGUAUGUGUCACAAUGGUUCUUGUCUUUCUUCGCAGUGGCAUGCCCCUUGCCAAUGCUUCUCCGUAUCUACGAUGUAAUUUUCCUUGAAGGUGCUUGUGAAACUCUGAUGCGAGUUGCACUGUCUCUGAUGCAGCGCAACGAGAAACGCAUCUUGGCUUGCACCGAGUUCGAGGAUGUGAUGCAGUUGUUGUUGUCACGCAGUUUGUGGGACACAUAUGCGUUCAACGCAGAUGACCUUGUCAAUGACUUUGUUUCAUUGACUUCCCUCGUUACUCACGAGAGCCUCCAAGCCCUGGAAGUCAGCUACAAUCAAUCACAGGGCGUCCCCACCGGAAUAUCAUUCCCCCAGAUGCAAGCUGCAGCAUCUCGAUUUCUUGGACGUCUCUGGGCAGGCUCGAGUUCUCACAAUUCUGUCAAGUCUCUCAAUCCAAAUCCCAAUACCUCUCGCCCCACCAGCACCAUCCGUCGCUCUACCUCCAAGCAGAGCUUGACUUCCACAUUGAACUCGGUGGAGUCGACAUCCGAUGCGAGUACCGCACCAACGGAGCUGUCCGCCGCGGUAAACAGUGACCAAAAAUCACGGAAGUCAAAUAUGUCCACACACCACAAGGACCGCGAUCUCCAUACCCAGAUCGAGGACCUGUUGAUGGCCCUGAGUGACCUUCAACGUCAACAAGCAGAUUUGACCCGCGAACUACAACAGGAACGAGAGGAGCGCGAAGAAGACCAAUCGUUGGCGAAGGAAAUGCUCAAGCACAUUCAGGAGCAGCCUACCGAAUCACAGCCCCAGGAGUUGAUCGCUAAAGCGCAAGCUCGCUUUGCAACCAGUGAACCCAAGGACGCUACAAUCCCCCAGACGAAACACCAACUUUACGAUGAUAUGACCCGAUGGAAAGAAAUGCACGAGGUGGAAGCAAGCCGUUGUCUAGACCUGACACGGCGAAUGGACGACUUCGAGAAAGAGAAUGCGUCACUCAAGGAGCAGUUGCGCGAAGCCCGUGGUCGUAUCCAAGACGGAUACCGGGACCGUCAGCGACUGGAGCGACUGAACAAAGAACUCCGUGCACUCAAAAUGCCUGAAUCAUCAACCCCUCCCGACACUACCUCCACAUCCGCUGAUUCCGAGUCGGCCUCUGCCUCUGUCUCUCCCACCGGCGGCCUCCGUGAACUGAGACUGGUCCGGACCAACUCACAUAAGGCCCCAACCUUCAGCAAGCGUUCAAGUAGCCUGGGCCUUCAGAACGUGCUGGCCACCGAGAAUCACAAACCUGCUGCGGAAGACACCCUCCUCCUCGAGCUGGUCAACGCGAAGACCGCCGAAGCCGUGGCGAAGCAGGAACUGGAGGAAGUGAAGGGCAAACUGGAUGCACUCCGAAAGAUGAUCAGCAAACCCCAUGCUCCAUCCGGCGCGAAACUCGAAAACCGCCAUUCUUUCCUCGGCCAUUCACCGUCCCAAGCGAGCAUCUCCAAGUCCUCCACCGACCCGGUCAGAACACCUGGGACGUCCAGUAAUGUCGGCGCUGGCGGCGGUGGUUUCUUUAGUGGAUGGGGCCGACGGGCUCCAACGACCAAUGAGUCCCCGUGA